ACCGUGUCGAGUCCAAAGGUGCCGAACGUGCCUAACGAAAACAAUCAGUCCAUAGAAAGUUAGUUUUCCGAAGGGCCACACUGAUUUCCAUAUUUGAAACGUUCACGAACCAGCCCUGAAGGUCGCAGUUGUCAUUGAUGACGUCUACGUCAGUUGCUUUGGAUUGUUUGUUGCCUAAAUUCAGGCCCAGUGAAUUAGGCUGAUUUGCAUCGAGGAAGUUUCGUGUUAUCAUGAAUACAUUGAUGUUCUUAUCAUUUCACCUACUUAAAACACGCUUAACUGGUGGCUUAUUAAGAAUAUUAGCAUAAUGUCGAAGAAAGUGUAGCACUUAUUAAUAAAUCGGUCUCCAAUAUUGUAGGAUUUGUUUAUAAACAUGAACGAGAGUAUCACCCCGGAGAUAUCUCCCGAGGAACAACCGACUGGCGAGCGUUGGGACCCGCUCGGGGCGCCCAACGACGAGGAAAGCGACGCGGACAAGCUCGACUACGACUGCUGUGAACACGUACAUGUACCACUUGAAAAAUUGAGGAAUAUCGAGGAAGAGCAUGAACUCCUCAACUCCUCCCUAUUUGCAUUAACCACUCAUUUCGCUCAGGUACAGUUUCGUUUAAGACAAGUAGUCAACGCUCCCGAUGAAGAGAAGGAAGAACUGCUUAAGUCCCUCGAGGAGUUUGCCUUCAGGGGCAUACCAGAUGUAGGCCUAGUUAAGGAGCGUAUGGACGAGGCCAGUCUUGCAGAGGCAGUUAGGUUGAGAAGGACUCAACAAAGAGAACUAAUAGACAGACUGAAAUGUCAAUUAAGAGAACUGGAGCAGUACGCGUUCGAAAACGGAGCAGCUGGUGUGCCUCAGGAUGUGUUACUCGAAAGGCAGAGGGUGAUCCUUAAUGAGCUGAAAACCAGGAUGAAUUUGGAGUUGGAUGAACAGAAAUACCAUCAGAUGACUUCAGCUGAUGUGAAGCAGCAGAUAAAUGUGGCCCUGGACCAGCUAGUCAGCCCAUUAAGGGUGAAAGAACACCUAGUUGCCCAGUUGAAAACUCAGGUGGCCGAUUUGGAACGUUUCAUUAGUUACCUCCAAGCUGACACCAAAAACAUAAAAUGCGCUUGCGGAUGUGCCUACCACUCCCUCAAACAACCCUUCCAAAGUGAAACCACUCUUGGCCUCAUACAGAAGACAGCCACAGUGUUACAGAUGUUCGCCGCCUUACAGCUGGGAUGCGGACCGCAACAAUUUAAGAAAAACGAUCUGAAAACCAGCAUGAAAGUCAAUCACUGGGGCGAUCUUCGUGCAAAACUCGAACUGGCAAUAGCCAGGGUGAAGGAAUUGGUGGAAAGAACUGAGGACAAGUACAGCCACGGCGAGUAUAGCAGCGACAGCGAGUCCCACACGGUCUCCUGCAACGUUCAAUUGACCACAGCCGUCAGGAAGUACUUGGCCGGUUGUAUAAGAGAUUUGAUUCAACACGGCACCACCUCGGCGCCAAGCUCAAGUCUAGUUCCUUUUAUCGGGUGUUUCCCUCGCAGAAACUCGUACCCCAAUACUCAGAUGCACGCGUGGGAAAUCAUACUCGAGUACUACACGUUGAAGAACGGGGAGAAGUACAAUUCGACGCCCGCCCGGAAGUUGUCGCAGAGCUUCAACUUGGACAUCGCCGGCGCUUCUCCCACAUCGAACAAGCACAACAUGUUGUGUUGCAUUGGCAGUAUUAUUUCGACGCAUACGCCCUACAAGAGGAGUUACGACUCUCACUUUAAAGCCUUCAUUUGCGCUGCUUUGAACGCUAACAAGUUGGUGCCCUGGCUGAAUUUGAUAUUCCAAUGUAAUCAGUUAAUCAAAAUGCAUUAUCUUCCAUGGAGCUACGUUUCAAAAACUGGUUUCCAAGACAGUUUGAGAAGUUUGGAUGUGUUAACAGGGUAUAAAUUUGACUUGCCAGUGGACCUUGCUAUUCGUCAGUUCCAAAACAUUAAAGAUGUUUUUACAUAAUUUAAUCCUAGUCAUGUAUCGUACUUUUUAAUUUACGAUUUUUUUCUGUGAUUAUUAUACAUAUGAAUCUAUUUGUGAAUCUUUUAGCCUAUUUAUUGCUCUGACUUAAUUAAUUGUUAUAAUAAGUGUUACUUUCUGUACUGUAAUAGUUUAUUUCAUUAAAUGCAGUUGUAAAUAAA